GGCCGGCGCCGCGCCGCCUGCCCCCAGCGCUGGUGCUGACCGACGUCCGUCCGCACGUCCGGGAACACCGGCCGUCGCUCAUGCACAAGGACUGGAUGCACGAGCUGCUGGUCGAGCCGUACGAAGCCGGACACGCACCAGCCCACAGAGGCGCGCUUCGUCCGGCUGGAGGGCAGCAUGCUGCGCAUCUCACACCCCAAGGGCCACGUGCCGAAGCGCGCCACCUGCGACGAGCACAUCCCGAGCCUGCCGUUCGUGCAGCAGCGCAUCUACGACAUCGCCGGCUGUUCGGUGGAGCUGCAGCCGGCCGGGCUGCAUCACACGCGACGGUGGAACCGGCGCUACCCGCUGUGCGUGCGACUGGAGAACUGUCGGCGCGUGACCCGCUCGCGCGGCCUGGGCGCCGGGCCGCAGCGGAACGCCAGCUUUACGGACCGGACCGGCUCGAGCCCCCAGCGCAAGAUCAGCGCCGCCGACCGCGCCGCCUCGGACCGCUCGCAGACCUCAGACGGCGAGUGGGAGCCGGGCAGCGAGGAGACGGCAGCGCUGGACGGCGCGCCGCCGCCGGACGCCGAGCCGGUGCUGACGCUCUUCGCCCGCACCGAUCGCGGCAAGGAGGAGUGGUUCCGGCUGCUGAGCCAGGCCACAAGAACGGGAGAGCGGCCGGCCUCGCCCGCUGCCCAGCCGCCGCCGGAGGCAACCGGGGUCCCGGCGGCGGCGGCGGCCCCCGCCGCAACUGGACAGGAGGAGCCGGCCGCCGCUGCCGCCGCCACCGCCACCGCCGCUGCUGCAGAACCGACGCCCAAACUCGACUUCGACUACUACAUGUCCAAACUGGUGACGGCGACCCCAGAGGGCGGCUCAGACUCCCGGCCGCCGUCGCCGACCGAUGGCGUCAAUCCCGCCCCGGUCGCCACCGGUCACGUGAUGUGGUUCAACGCGCUCAUUGGCCGGCUGGCGUUCGGCGUGUUCGGCAGUCGGCCAUGGGUAGAGUUCGUGCAGCGCCGCAUCCAGCGCAAGCUGUCGCGCAUCAAGCCGCCGUUCUUUAUCGAGGAGCUGGUGGUGACCUCGUGCGACCUGGGCUCGGUGCUGCCGCGCAUCCUCUCGGUGAGCGCGCCGACCAGCGACGAGCGCGGCCUCUGGACCGACAUGGCCGUGCUGUACGAGGGCGGCGGCUGCAUGACGCUCCGCACCAAGGUCAACCUCAUGAAGCUGAGCAAGCCGGAGAAGGAGCAGGCGGCCGAGACCAGUGGUGAUAAGGACAAGAGCAGCGCGGACAAGGACGGGGAGAAGGAGCCGCUGCCGUCGCCGUCCUCUCACGCCGACGGCAAGACGGAGAGCUGCGCCGUGUACCAGUGCGACCGCAACGACGACCUGGCGAGCAUGGACUCGUCCAGCGACGAGGAGGACGUGGACACCUCGGGUGGCUCGGACGGGGGCAGCCCGCCCUCGCCCGCCUCGCCCUCCCAGCCGUCCUCCAAGGUCGGCAAGCGGUUCAUGCAGGUGGUCGACAAGGUGACAACCUCGCGCUACUUCCAGCAGGCGGCGCAGAACCGAUACGUCAAGCGCUACAUGGAGGAGUUCUCCAACACGCCGCUGGAGUUGACGGUGACGCUUAAGCACCUGCAGGGCGUGCUCACACUCAACGUGCCCCGGCCGCCCAACGACCGACUCUGGUACGGCUUCCGCGGCAAGCCAGACAUCAUCCUGGCCGCCCACCCGCGGCUGGGCACGCACGACGUGACCUUGACCCAGGUCACCGAUUGGAUCGAAAACAAGCUGAUCGGCGAGGUGCACAAGCUGAUGGUGCUGCCGAACAUGGACGACAUGAUCAUCCCGCUGCUGGCCGGAGAGACGCUGGACGACUAGGGAGCUGGCCGGGCGUCGGGCCGGCGGCUCCGCGCGGCUGCUCUGGUGGGCGCGGCGGCACAGCUGCGGCGGGGCGCCCCGCUGUGGGCUCCCAGCGAUAGUGCCGGGCUGUCACAGCUACAGCAGCUGUGGCGGCCGACACUGUGCGCUAGUGUUCGGCUGUGGGUCCCAGCUAUGCCCCAGAGUUCGGCUGUGGGUCCCAGCUAUGCCCCAGAGUUCGGCCGUGGGUCCCAGCUGUGUCCCCAAGUGUUCGGCUGUGGGUCCCAGCUAUGCCCCUGUAUUCGACUGUGGGUCCGAGCUGUGCGUUAGCGUUCGGCUGUGGGGCCCAGCUUUGCGCCUGUGUUCGCGUGUGUGUCUCCGCCGCGCAUGAACGUUUGGCUGUGGUGUCCCAGCAGCGCACUGUGCACAGCCGCCGACCCGCCAGCUUUGCACCUACACUGAGCUGCUUGUGGUCCGGUGGCGCUCGUGUGCAGACUUCCCAUUCCCACCGGACUGUGAGCCGCGACUAGCUCUGUGC